GAUGUAUUAAUGUAGAUGGGCAGCUGUAUUUACUGUUUCUUGUGCUGCCAGCAGGCUGUGGUCCAUGAAACAGAGGGAGUGCUGGGAUACAUCUACUGUGAUUUCUUCCGCAGACUUGAUAAACCUCACCAGGAUUGUCACUUCACCAUCCACGGUGGGCGGCUGAGGGAUGAUGGUGUUUACCAGCUGCCUGUUGUGGUGCUGAUGCUGAGUUUACCUCCACCCAGUGGCAGAACCCCAUCUCUGCUUACCCCUUCUAUGGUGGAGAACCUCUUCCAUGAGAUGGGACAUGCCAUGCACUCCAUGUUAGGCAGGACACACUAUCAGCACGUCACAGGAACCAGGUGCUCCACAGACUUUGCUGAAGUCCCGUCCAUUCUGAUGGAGUAUUUCGCCUCAGAUUAUCGAGUUUUGAGCCAGUUUGCGCGACAUUAUCAGACUGGAGAGCCUCUUCCGGAGAGCUUAGUGUCCCGUUUAUUUGAGUCUAAGUGGGUUUGUAGUGCUGCUGAUACUCAGCUACAGAUUUUCUAUGCAGCUUCGGACCAGGUUUAUCAUGGAAUACCACAAUACAGAUCAACCACUGACAUCCUCAGAGAAAUCUUACCAUAUGCUAAUGACAUAGCUUGGCAGCUGAGAUUUAGUCACCUGGUUGGCUAUGGUGCUAAAUAUUACUCCUACCUCAUGUCCAGGGCAGUUGCCUCGAUGGUGUGGAGGCAGUGCUUCCUACAGGACCCCUUCAAAACAUAAAAUAUGUGUAGUACUAUAUGUCUGGUCUAAUUAAAAAGGAGACUGUCAUUUGCAGAGUGUUACCGCAGAGAGAUGCUCGCUCAUGAAGAGCCUAUGCUGAUGGUCCAAGGAAUGCUACAGAAAACCCCUACCAUUGAAGACUUUGUUGAUGCACUAGUGUUAGACCUCGAUGUAAAUCCCCAUCUUAGUAGAUGAAAUGAAAGAUCCUUGUUAUUUAUUCAGUCUCAUACACUGGGUAUAACCUCUUCCCUAAUGUCUUACUGCCUUUAAAGGGGUCAUAUGACAUUGCUAAAAAAGAACAUUGUUUUGUGUAUUUGGUGUAAUGCAAUAUGUUUUUUUUUAACCUCAA